GGUCACACUGCUAGCGAGAGAGAAAUUACGACGUCUGCAGGGUCAAGACGAAGCGAAAAUACACAAAAUACUAAGUGAAUAUGAUUGUUGUUGAGUAAAAACAGCGCAUAACGAACACGGCCAGUGGCAGCAACAACAACGAAACUGUUAAUUUGCUUAAAUCAAAGCUGGAAGGCGAUAAAGCGGCUAAGCUCCAACAACAGCAGCAGCAGCAGUAAAAGCAGCGCAGCAACAAAAGCAACAACAACAGCAGCAGCGCAGCAGUAAAAAGUGCCAGUGUGUGUGGGUUGUUUUGUAUGUGUAUGUGUGUUCGUGGAAAUUGAGCCAGGAGGUGGAACAGGGACAGGAAUAGUCACACAGGAACAGGAACCAGAGGAACGCCAACGCGAACGAAAACGAAACGGGAACGGUUAGAGAGAGAGAGAGAAAGAGAGUGUGAGUGCAAGGGAGUGUGAGUGGGUGAGAGAGAGAGAGGAUUUGGAGUCGGAGAACGCAGUCAAGUGGAGAGAGCUCCAAUCCAGAGGAGCAGCUCCAACUCCAGCAUCAGCCAUGUCUUCGAAUAAUCAAUCAAGCGACAGCCAAGUGGCAACAAGUGCCAGCCAGCAGCGAGCCAGCAACGCCUCCACCGCUGAUGCUACAGACACCAACAGCUCCUCCGCCGCUGCCGCUGGUGACGUUGGCUCUUCCACUGUUGCUGGCAAUGCCGCCACCUCUGCGGCCGCUGCCACUUCCUCCUCCUCCCAGGCCAGUGCCAACGCCAACGCUGACGCCAACGCCAACGCUAGCAACUCGAACGCCGCGGACCACGACGGUAGCCCUACAAAGCAGGGCAAGCCCCAUGGCGGCCAUACGGCGAUCAACACCAAAGAGCGUGUAGUGGACAGUGUCCCCUUUCCACCCAGCCACAAGCUGACGCUGGCCGAGGUCUUCGAUCCGCGCACGGGCAAACCCAAUCACGACGUCCUGAAGCAGCACUUUGUGUUGGAGGGGCGCAUCGAGGAGGCGCCCGCCCUUAAGAUCAUCCAGGACGGAGCCGCGCUGCUGCGCCAGGAGAAAACCAUGAUCGACAUCGAGGCGCCGGUGACGGUCUGUGGGGACAUACACGGCCAGUUCUACGAUCUCAUGAAGCUGUUCGAGGUGGGCGGUUCGCCGGCCACUACAAAGUAUCUCUUCCUGGGUGACUACGUGGACCGAGGCUACUUCAGCAUCGAGUGCGUGCUGUAUCUGUGGUCGCUGAAGAUCACCUAUCCGCAGACGCUGUUCCUGUUGCGCGGCAACCACGAGUGCCGGCACCUGACCGAGUACUUCACCUUCAAGCAGGAGUGCAAGAUCAAGUACUCGGAGCGCGUGUACGACGCGUGCAUGGACGCGUUCGACUGCCUGCCGCUGGCGGCGCUAAUGAACCAACAGUUCCUGUGCGUGCACGGCGGCCUGUCGCCGGAGAUACACGAGCUGGAGGACAUACGGCGGCUCGACCGCUUCAAGGAGCCACCCGCCUUCGGCCCCAUGUGCGACCUGCUGUGGUCCGAUCCGCUAGAGGACUUCGGCAACGAGAAGAACUCGGACUUCUACACGCACAACUCGGUGCGCGGCUGUUCGUACUUCUACAGCUAUGCCGCCUGCUGCGACUUCCUGCAGAACAACAAUCUGCUGUCGAUCAUACGGGCGCACGAGGCGCAGGACGCCGGCUACCGCAUGUACCGCAAGAGCCAGACCACCGGUUUCCCCUCGCUGAUCACCAUCUUCUCGGCGCCCAACUAUCUCGAUGUGUACAACAACAAGGCGGCGGUGCUGAAGUACGAGAACAACGUGAUGAACAUCCGGCAGUUCAACUGCUCGCCGCACCCCUACUGGCUUCCCAACUUCAUGGACGUGUUCACCUGGUCGCUGCCCUUCGUGGGCGAGAAGGUCACCGAGAUGCUGGUGAACGUGCUGAACAUCUGCUCCGACGACGAGCUGAUGACCGAGGAGAGCGAGGAGCCGCUCUCGGACGACGAGGCGGCGGCGCGCAAGGAGGUCAUACGCAACAAGAUCCGGGCCAUUGGCAAGAUGGCGCGCGUCUUCUCCGUGCUGCGCGAGGAGUCCGAGAGUGUCCUCCAGCUGAAGGGCCUGACGCCAACGGGCGCCCUGCCCCUCGGCGCCCUCUCCGGUGGCAAGCAGUCGCUCAAGAAUGCCAUGCAGGGCUUCUCGCCCAACCACAAGAUUACCUCGUUCGCGGAGGCCAAGGGCCUCGAUGCCGUCAACGAGCGGAUGCCGCCCCGUCGCGACCAGCCUCCUACGCCCAGCGAGGACCCGCACCAUCCACAGCCGUCACAUCACAGUCAAGGCAACAGCAACAACGGUGCGGCGCAUGGGUAAGCGGCACGCCGCAGAUCGGAUCGACUGUGCCGGCAGGCGGUACGGCAGUGGUACGGAGUGGAGUGGAAUGGAGUACAGUGGAGCAGAGCAGAGUGGAGUGGAGAUAGAGGCAGUGACAGUGACAGUGGCAGUGUGGAUAGACCUAAGAGACAUUUAUUUAGUAAAGUGUCGACGAUUUGUCGUUUUAGCUAAACAUCAAACUGCAAUCGAGCUGUAACUGAACCUCAAGCAUGGCCCGAAACAGAAACGGAAAAACACCAACAAACAACAGCAAAGAUGAUCCUUAAUUAAGCUUAAAGUGUGGCAGAGCAACAACUUAAACAAACCAACAAAAAACCACCCAAUUCUAUAUCUAAGUAUAAAUGUAUGUAACAGCUCCAGCUCCGACUUUCGACCACUUCCACGACCACCACUACUGGAUGCACGCAGCAUGCAGCGUGCGGCAUUCAGCGGCAGCCGACAAAUUUGUUUUAGCACAGGCGCGCAUCGCGGCGCAUAUUGGAUAUUAGAAUUAUGUGUUGCAUACUUUGGCGGGCCGGCCGCAAGAAUUCCUUUUCUCAAGAAAACCCCAACCCCCGAAAACCCAGAAACCCCCCAUAAUUUUUAGCUUAAGUUGUAAUGUAUAAAAAAAAGAAGCGAAACCCGAAUGGGAGAAAAACCUUGAAUGAAAAAUGAACAAAACACAAAACACACACAAAAAAAGAAACUAAAACUAAAACUAAAUAGAAGAAAAAAAAUGAUGGUAAAAAUCCAGCGCUAAUCUGUUAAAAACAUUUAGCAGCGCCAAAAAGAAGCGAGCAUAUAUACAUAUGGAAUAUAUAAAUAUAUAUUUAAAUAUCGAUCUAUAACUAAACAAAUAUGAAGAUGAAAACAUGAAUAUUGAAUAUGAACAAAAACAAAACAACAACAUACUUUUGUGCAAUCCUUGUCUUGUAAUCCUUAACAUAAACUUGAAAAGCAUGAAAAUGAUUGAAGAGAAGGGAGAAACCAGUUUGCAAUAUGUGCCGCAAUAGUCCAUAAAUGUUCCUUAUACGAAUUAAACUUGAAAAACAAAACAAAA